AUGACCAAACUCUUCACUCCCCUCCGCGUUGGCCGCGUCGAGCUAGCCAACCGCAUCGCCAUGGCCCCCAUGACCCGCUUCCGCGCCGACGACAACCACGUCCCCCUCCCCUUCGUGAAAGACUACUACGCCCAGCGUGCCUCCGUACCCGGCACCCUCCUAAUUACUGAAGCAACCUUCAUCUCCGCCCGCGCCGGCGGCUACCCCAACAUCCCAGGCAUCUACAACGACGCGCAGAUCGCCGCAUGGAAAGAAAUCACCGACGCAGUGCACGAAAAGGGCAGCCACAUCUACCUCCAGCUGUGGGCCCUCGGCCGCGUCGCCAGCCCCGACCUCCUCAAAUCCGAGGGCUUCGAUCUGGUAUCCAGCAGUGCGACGCCCGCGAGCACAGAGGCACCCACGCCGCGCGCACUAUCCGAGACCGAGAUCCAUGAGUGGAUCGCGGACUAUGCGCAAGCAGCGCGCAACGCCAUUGCGGCUGGGUUUGACGGUGUGGAGAUCCACGCUGCCAAUGGGUAUCUGAUUGAUCAGUUCACGCAAGAUACGUGCAACAAGCGCACUGAUGCGUGGGGCGGUAGUGUUGAGGGACGGGCGAAGUUCGCGAUUGAGGUCUCGCGUGCUGUUAUCGAUGCUGUUGGUGCGGAUCGUACUGGUAUUCGGUUUAGUCCUUUCAGUACGUUCCAGGGGAUGCGGAUGGAGGAUCCUCAGCCUCAAUUUGAGUAUUUGGCUACGCAGAUGGCGAAGCUGGGUCUUGCGUAUACGCAUUUGGUUGAGGCGCGCAUUGCGGGAAAUGCUGAUGUUGAGGAGACUGAUCAGUUGGAUUUCUUCCUGAAGGCUUAUGGGAAGGCUUCGCCCGUUAUCAUUGCGGGUGGGUAUAAGGCUGAAUCGGCGGUUCAGGCGGUUGAUGUUAAGUAUGCGGACUAUGAUGCUGUUAUUGGUAUUGGACGGCCGUUUAUUUCGAACCCUGAUUUGCCGUUCCGGAUUCAGAAGGGGAUUCCGCUCGUGCCUUAUGAUCGGGAUACUUUCUAUGUUCCCAAGGAUCCUAAGGGAUACACGGAUUAUGAGUUCAGUGCUGAGUUCCAGAAGACUGUCAAGGCUGCGGCUUGA